CCCAGACUUCCCCGCGGUACUAACAAUCCAAUAUGGCGGAAAGCAAUGCUUCAACUGAGAGUACAUCUAUCUCAAGUUCUACUGCAAGCAACCAGCCAUCCAUAACAAAUAGCUUAACAACUACUUCUGUGGCAGCUAGUAGUAACAACGCUUUGGUAGCUGAUACAAAAAUUAGAAGCGCCGGAGCUUCACUCGCCGAGUUUUUAUCGCAGUUAGAAGACUAUACACCGACAAUUCCUGAUGCAGUCACAGCUUAUUAUCUGAACAAAGCAGGUUUUGAUGGAACAGAUACUAGAGUUGUAAGGCUGGUAUCACUGGCAGCACAGAAGUUUAUAUCAGAUGUUGCCAAUGACGCCUUACAGCACUGUAAGAUGAGAGGAUCAGGACAGAGCUCGCGGAAAUCUGGCAAGGUGAGGAGGGCUCUCUAAUUUGAGAGGACAAGCGCUACACUCUGACCAUGGAAGACCUGACACCUGCGCUGAAUGAAUACGGAGUGAAUGUGAAAAAGCCACCUUACUUUGUAUGAUACAAUGAUCUAUUUGUAAAAAAAAAGAUUGGAUAUACUUGAAAUACUACAAGCGUUUCUCUGAAAUUGGGAUCCUUAGGAUUCUUAAAUUACUUGAAGGGGCUUGUGUAUAGGCAUAUCUAGCUUGAAAAAAAGAAAGAAAAAAAGAAAGGGAGGGAGGGAGGGGUAAUUUUGGUGGCUAUAAAUAUGUAUAUGUAUUUUGUGCUUUUCUUUCAUAACUAUUGUCUAACAGUGUGUAGUCAUCAGGGGUAGCCACCCUCGCAGUCAUGUUUAGGUAGGUAGGGGUGAGAGACGCCUGCCUAAAAACGCCUGCGAGGAAGGCUACAGGGGGGAGAUUGGGGAAAGAGGCAUAAAAAAUAUUAACUUCUAAAAGAAUGGAAUCAUUAAAUCUUUCAAGCCUG